GCAAUGUGCUGGCAUACGAGUCGAGUGUAAUGUAACAAUCCCCACCGACGCUUGUGCUGUGUUUGACGCUCAGUGACAUGACAUGGACGGCGGAGUGUCUCACUGAGAGCAGAUGAAUUGAAGAACGAUGUCGGACCAGGGUUAUGGCUUAACUUUAUCAGCUGCGCCCCCGCUUCGCAGGGGCAGCACCCCCCUGCCAAUCAAACAUCAGCUGAGGCGAGAGGAAGCUGUGUCUGAGGAUUACGAUUGGACGCCAGGACUCGAUGAGCCUCCUACUCCGCAAAUCAGUGUCAGCACUAUCCAAGAUUCUCCUUCACAAAAACCGCAGCAGCAAAAGUACCACGGACCCCUUCGGAUAGUACUACUGGGCCAAAACGGAGUGGGCAAAUCCUCUCUAGCACUUUGCCUUGCUGGACUAUCAGACAGAUCACUCUCUAUAGACUCUGAAACCCAAGCAGCCGAUGAGGGUUACCAGCGGCGAGUGACUGUGGAUGAUGAGGACAGCACAAUUUUAGUAUAUGACAGCUGGAAACAGGAGCUGUCCACUCUGCAGUGUGAGGUGUGCAUCCUGGUGUUCUCGUUGACGGACAGGCGUAGCUUCCACCGGAUUGCUCAGCUCCGCCUACUGUUGAGGGAGUCGCUGCCGCACACCCCCAUCAUCCUAGUGGGCAACAAGAGUGACCUUGUGCGCUCCCGUGAGAUCGGCACAGAGGAGGCACACUCCAGCGCAAUGAUGUUUGGCUGCCUGUAUCUGGAGCUCUCCGUCUCUCUGGACCACCGCACUAAUGACCUGUUAGAAGCGGCUGUGAGAGCGGCCCGGGGCCACAACCUGGGGCCCGGCUGGACAGAGGGGUCCCCCUCAGCGGACCGCCGAGAGAGCUUGACCAGCAGGGCCAAGCGCUUCCUUUCAGGGCUCGUUCCGCGCUCCCACCUCGGCCGAGACCGGGAGGGCGGCAGAGACCGAGACCUCAGCAGACACAGAGGAAGCAGGAUGCUCAGGCAGAAAUCACGUUCUUGUCAUGAUUUCAGCGCUCUAAUAUAACCGAAAACGCCCGAGAGAGAGAGAGAAGGAGAGAAGGUGUAAAAGGAGGCUAGAGCAGAAAUUGAAGAACUGCAUGUAUGAUUGACAGGUGAGGAGAUAAGACCACUUCACAGAGGAGAUAAUUCUCCGGAGAUAUUACCUAAACUAGUAUGUGUGAAAUGAGUUGUUUAUACCAGUCUCUCAGUCACUGAACGUGACAGGGGUGCAGCGAAACCAAGUAGUGUAUAAACUAUACUGACAGAACAUGACCUUUGAGGUUGAGAGAGGCCUGUAAACGGACAUAUCCACAUAAAUAUAUCACUGGAUUUCAGUGUAAUGAGUGGAUCAUGCUGGCUGUGGCAGGCUGUUAGUGAUAGAGUAGCUCCUGUAGUAGAAGCAUGCUGGCACGGCACAGAUGCAGAACUGUAGUGAAAGUCCUGUCGUAAAAAAAUAAAUAAAUAAGAUACUUUAGUUAAUGCAUGGAUUUAGCAUUUGAGCUUUUCUCACAUAUUUUCUGGUUUAGGGGAACCAAAUAAAGUGAUUUAAACUGAAGCAGUUAUUGAAAAACUCAUAUUGGUUGAUAGGGCUGCACGAUAUUGGGAUAUUUAGUUUUUCUGCUGUAUGAAAAUAAAAUUAGUAUAUGACUUGACUAACUAUAUUUUGUAAGAAUAAUUCUAAAUCGAUUAGGCUGAUAUUGUUGAGGAGUGCAUUUGCUUUAAAUAAUAAUAAAGAAAGAAAAUGAAAAUGUAAAAUGUACACUGAAGAGUGUAAACGAUCUGAUUUGAGAUUUUUUUUAAGAUUUGAGUGUACUC